AUGAAUAGCGCUGGGCAGGAGCCGGGAGACCCUUCUCUCGUCCACUGGCCCCCCCGGGGACCCUGUCACGCCCCGUCCCCGCCGCCGAGCCUGUGUCCUCCCUUGCCAGAGGAGAGACCUUGGGCCAGAAGGUCGCCCAGACCAUUUCGGCACGGACUUCGUGGGGUCGAGUGUGGCCCAGGAUUCUGCUCUGAUCCCCGGCCCUGCCCGUCUCCCCUACAGGCUCUCCCACCUGUCACCCUGGCCCUUCUCUGUUUGGACGGCGUCUUCCUCUCCUCAGCCGAGAAUGACUUUGUCCACCGCAUCCACGAGGAGCUGGACCGCUUCCUGCUGCAGAAGCAGCUGUCCAAGGUUCUUCUUUUCCCCCCACUCUCCAGUCGCCUCCGGUACCUGAUCCAUAGAACGGCAGAGAAUUUUGAUCUCUUGAGCAGCUUCUCCGUUGGGGAGGGCUGGAGGAGGAGGACUGUCAUUUGUCAUCUGGACAUCAGGGUACCCAGUUCAGAUGGCCCAUCUGGUCCCUGCCGCCCUCCUCCUUCCCAUCCCGGCAAAUACCGCGGACCUCGGCCCACCUCAAACCAGGGACCAGCUGCAGGUCCCCGAGGGGCACGGGCUGGCCAGUGGCAUCGUGGACGCAAGCCAGACCAGCCUUUGUAUGUGCCCCGGGUGCUGCGCAGGCAAGAAGAAUGGGCACCCACCAAUACCCCGGGGCUCAAAGGAGAAGCCCCAGCGGGUGAGGUCCUGGAAGAGCCUGGAGAUGUUGGUGCUGGAGACCCCAGCUCUGAUCACGGACUCCCUGUGUUGCUGACUCAGGGAACAAAGGACCCAAAGGGCCCUGUAAAAAGUUGCGAGAAUGAGCCACUGCUGGACCUAGUUGGCACUGAGCCCCCGGGACCCGAGAGUCACUCAGGGAAGGGUGACAGGGUGGAGACGGCCAUACCACUGGGGUCCAGCCUGCAGCUGGACCUGGAAGAGGGGAAGGGGAGUCUGCUGGAGAAGAGCGUGGUGGCAGAGGAGGAAGAAGACGAAGAGGAGGUGGAAGGCGAGGGGCCCAGCAGCUCAGAGGAUGAUUACAGUGAGCUGCUACAGGAGAUCACAGACAACCUGACUGAGAAGGAGAUUCAGAUAGAGAAGAUCCAUGUGGACACAUCGUCCUUUGUGGAAGGGCUGCCUGGGGAGAAGGACUUGGCCCACGUGGUGGAGAUCUAUGACUUCGAGCCAGCACUUAAGACGGAGGACCUGCUGAUGACAUUUUCUGAGUUCCAAGAGAAGGGGUUCAAGAUUCAGUGGGUGGACGACACGCAUGCGCUCGGCAUCUUCCCCUGCCUGGCCUCAGCUGCUGAAGCCUUGACCAGGGAGUUCUCAGCGCUCAAGAUCCGGCCCCUCACACAGGGAACCAAGCAGUCAAAGCUCAAAGCCCUGCAGAGACCAAAGCUCCUGCGUCUGGCGAAGGAGAGGCCACAGACCAAUGCGGCCGUGGCCCGGAGGCUGGUGGCCCGGGCCCUGGGGCUCCAACACAAAAAGAAAGAACGCCCUGCUGUCCAGGGUCCCCUGCCGCCUUGAGGCCUCUGAGGCCCAGCCGGCCUGGAUCCAAGCCCCGUACUGGAGCCGGGGCCCCACCACCACAAGCCUUUACAGACGCUGGAGCUGCCCUGCCCCACCGCUGGCGCUUCACUGUGGGGGAAUGGUGGGCAUUGGCUGGUCUAGUCCCAGGAAUGGAGAAAAAAUAAAAAGUGGUUCUAGUGUGA